CUCCACAGUGUUAACAUAUUUUACUGAAAAGCGCUAUGCCAGACCUCUAAUUCUGCUACGGACUGACUAGCAGAUAUAAAUGGAAACUCGGCCAUCUCUGACUACGGAGACAAAUCAGACACAUUUCACUUUACAAAAGUAUAACCCUCUGUGGCCACAGGAGCUCCUGGUAAUGAUAGCCUGUGAGGCCUACUGCUGGGAAACUGCAGAACCUUGGAUAAUGAGAGAUUACAGACUUGCAAACAGUAUGGAUGGCAGCUGAAGUCCUUCCGCUGGGUGUCAAAUAACAGACAGAAAUUUGGAUGCUGACAAAGAACACCUCGUACAGCUCUAUUUUUGCAUUUAUUUUUGUACUAAAUUAAAGCAGAGAUGUAAGAAUAAUCAGAAAGAGUUGACGUAAAUGCAUCAUACAGAUGUGUAAAGCAGAAAUUUUACUGGUGACAGAUGAAGAUGUUCUGGCCUCUUGGAUAGCAGGACUAUGCAAGUUGUUUAAAUGGCAUAAUCCUUCCUAUUGCAAGUUACAGCUCUGCAUCCAAAAAAAAAAUAGCAAAAGAGCUUUGUCAAACAUAGGACACCGGUGCACUUCCUUAAAGUCUGAUACUAGCAAUAUGGCUGAAUUCACCAAGGGUCUUGUUUUAAGCGUUCUGGCUUCAAUUACUCUUUUGGACUUACAGACUGCAUAUGCAGAAUGUAGAAUAACGUCAAUACCUGCAGACUUACUAAACAGGUCUCACCAAGUUAAUUGCAAGUUAUGUAGCCUGCAUCAUAAAGGAGAGAUUUGUUGGAUUUUUCAGUCGUUGGCACGCAACAUACAAAAGCAUGAAGAUUUAUUUUGAGCACACUUAUUGCAAACCACAGUACUGACAGGAAAAGUCAUGGGGCUACUCUGCAAAAUAAAAAGGAAGAUGAAGUUAGAGUCAUCUCCCCUUUCUGCAGCCAUAUAAAUACGGUGUAUCAAACCACCAGAAAAGCAGUAACUAAAUAAAGAGCAAAUAUAUGUUUGCCUUCAUUUAAACUGUUUUUGAGUGUGUACACUUGUAUAAGAGUGAGUUGGACACACUGGUUUCUGUUGCAUAACAAAGCAGAAGGGUACAUGACUGUCUGCAUAGCUUCCCUACUUUUUGCAUCUUUGUCACAUGACAAGCAUGAAUAACAUAAAUUAUGAAGUAAUAACUGAUGGUAUCAUAACAUUACUGUCUCAAAAAGCAUGUCUUCCUCUACUUUUUGAAUUUGCAGACUCUUGUGAGUGUUCCGAAGCAGAAAGCCAUAGUGAAAAAAAUACAAGGAAAAACAUUUUGAUCAACUGAUGGGCUUGAUAAAUAUUUCAUCUAGCUUUGGAGAGCCUGCCUACUGCUCAAGGAGGAAGGUGGAAAAAAAAUCAAAGCCAUGAAGCAACCAAGCCGAGUUUCUCGAUACACUGUUGGAGGGAAGACACAUGUGUCAUUAGCAGGUAACAAGAUCAAGAAUUCUGCAUCCUUGGCAUCAAAACCUAGAAAGCAAAUUAGUAAGCAGAAGACAGCAGAAGUAAAUGGCGGACCACCAGCAUUCCAAGCUAUAAGCGAUGAAUCCCCUGGGGUUAAAGAGUUAGAAGUAAAACUUUUACAAGAAGAAUGCCAAGACCUCAAGGCCAGGCUGGAGUGCCUAAAGGAAGGGCUGGUGGGUCAGAAGCCAGGUGAUGUGGAACAAUUGCUAAAACAAUCACAAAGAGAAUUGUUGUGCCUUCAAAGACAGCUGUCAUUUCUUUCCACCAGAGAAUCACCAUGUAUACUGUCUCCUGACAAGCUAAGCGAUGAUCUUUCUUGCCUGUACCCUGCUGUGCCACCAAAAGCAUUUAAUCGGCUCCGAGUUCUAGAAGACAAAAACCAGACUUUAAAGGCAAAGGUUGCUGCACUAAACAAGGAAAAGCAACACUGGGAAUUUUCAGAAAAUGAGCUGAAAGACGCUGUGCAAGAAAAUCAUCGCUUGAGCCUUGAAUAUGCUAGACUUUCCCACAAGGCCCUGCAAUAUGACCAGGUAAAGUCCGACCACUAUGAGCUCAGAGAAGCUCUCGCCAUUGUGAUUCAGGAACGUGAUUUGGCUGUUAAGGAGAAAAAUCAGCUGCAAGCCAAGCUGGAGAGCCUAGAGCAGGUGCUAAAGCAUAUGCGAGAGGCUGCUGAGCGGCGGCAACAGCUGCAGCUGGAGCAUGAGCAAGCCUUGGCCGUUCUCAAUGCAAAGCAGCAGGAGAUCGAGCUCCUGCAGAAGGCUCAGGUUGAAGCUAAGAAAGAGCAUGAAGGUGCUGUUCACUUAUUAGAGAACACCUUGGACAGCAUGCAGGCCAAGGUUCGAGAACUAGAGGAAAAAUGCCGGACUCAAAGCGAACAGUUCAAUCUCCUCUCUAAGGAGCUGGAGAAGUUCAGAGAACAAGCUGGAAAGAUUGAUCUGCUGACCACCAGCCAAUUUGCAUCCUGUGAGGGCCCCAGUUCCCCGACUAAAUCCUUGUCCCAGUUAAUGAAUGGACUAGCUCCAUCUAUAGGCAAAGUCCAUGAAAGCCCCGUAGGAAGUAAAUCAGUGGUCUCUGAGUUUAUUCGACCCCUUCAUAUCUCAGAUGACAAACAAGAACCACUGUCUGUCAAGCCUGCAUUUUUAACCCGCUCCAGAUCCAGCAGUCUGAGGCAUCAACCACGGUCCGUGAUGGAUAAUGACCUGGAUUCAACCACUUCAAAGCAGAGGUACUCUGGGAAGGUCCGUCUUUGUAUUGCUCGCUACAGUUAUAACCCUUUUGAUGGACCAAAUGAGAACCCAGAAGCAGAGCUGCCCCUUACUUCUGGAAAGUACCUCUACGUCUAUGGAGACAUGGAUGAAGAUGGAUUCUAUGAAGGGGAACUUUUAGAUGGCCAAAGAGGGCUUGUCCCAUCCAACUUUGUUGAUUUUGUUCAAGACCAGGAAAUUGUAUCAGUUAACAAUGCAGACAGUGAGCAUGACCGCAAUAUUGUCAAUCAUUCAGUUCUCACUGGGGAGAGUGGUGAUCGUAUACUUGAGGGGAGUCUGUCAAGUCGCACAGAGACCACUGUUAUAAACAAUGGCACAGGGGCGCUGGAAAUAAACAUUGAUGAAAUUGGUGAAGACAUUGUGCCUUACCCCAGAAAAAUCACCCUUAUCAAACAACUAGCCAAAAGUGUUAUUGUAGGUUGGGAAUCACCUGUAGUGCCACCAGGCUGGGGAGCUAUCACCAGUUAUAACGUUUUAGUGGAUAAAGAGGUCCGAAUGACAAUACCAUAUGGUAGUAGAACUAAAGCCCUUAUAGAAAAACUUAACCUUGCCACCUGUACUUAUAGAAUAACAAUUCAAAGUUCUACGGAUAAGGGAACUUCUGAUGAGCUGCGAUGUACUUUGUUGGUGGGGAAGGAUGUAAUCGUGGCACCGACUCAGCUUAAGGUGGACAAUAUAACACAGACCUCAGCUGAGCUUUCAUGGCUUCCAUGCAACAGCAAUUACAGCCAUGCAAUUUUUCUUAAUGAUGAAGAAUUUGAUAUUGUAAAGGCUGCAAGCUACAAGUAUCAGUUUUUUAAUCUAAAGCCGAAUAUGGUACAGAAGGUAAAAGUUUUGGCCCAACCGCACCAGAUGCCAUGGCAACUUCCAUUGGAGCAACGGGAAAAGAAGGAAGCCCUUGUGGAAUUUUGCACAUUACCAGCAGGUCCCCCAGUACCACCACAGGAUGUGUUGGUCCAGGCUGGACCUGUACCAGGAACCUUACAGAUCCACUGGAAGCCUCCAGCCCUGACCUCAACAGGAACUUCCAAUGGAGCAAAUGUGACUGGCUAUGCUGUUUUUGCAAAGGGCCAAAAGGUAGCGGAAGUCAUGUUUCCAACAGCUGAUGGGGCUGUUGUGGAGAUCGUAAGGCUGCAGAGUUUAGAAGCUAGGGAAAUUAGUGUUCGAACGUUAUCAGCACAAGGAGAAUCAGAAGAUUCCUCCAUCACUGCCAUUCCGCCUGAGCUUUUGGUGCCUCCAGUGCCCCACCCCAGAACUGUUCCCAGAUCAAAGCCAUCAGAAAGUGCCAGAGCCCCACAUACCAAAGAUGAACAUAUGGGUCAAAACUUAGGAAUGGACGAGUCAUGGGAGCAGACUCGUUCACCAUCUCCUGUUCAUGGACAUACCCUAGAACCUCCAGUAGCCAACUUUCACAGCCCAUCUCAUGGACGGAGGCCACCUUCACCUCAGAGGAUUCUUCCCCAGCCACAAGGAGCUCCUAUUUCCAAUACCGUAGCAAAAGCCAUUGCACGAGAGGCAGCACAGAGGGUAGCAGAGACCAACAGGGCUGAAAGGAGAAAUAUCUUCAGUGAAAGAAGCAAUGCCAUGCAGAUAAUGAAUUCAGAUGAGGAGGAGGAAGGAUAUGAUUCACCGCACAUAAAAAGGAGAGGAGCUUCUGUUGAUGACUUCUUGAGGGGCUCUGAGCUUGGAAGGCAGUCCCACUACUUUCAAGCGGAUGAUUACCAAACAGAGAGCAGCAGGGGGUCAGACUUGUCUGACAUCAUGGAAGAGGACGAGGAAGAGCUUUAUUCCGAAAUGCAGCUAGAGGAUGGCGGAAGACGAAGAAGUGUCACAUCGCAUAAUGCCCUUAAGAAGGAUUCCUAUGAGAACCUAAAAGAGACAUAUGUGGAAUCGUUUGAAUUUUCACCACAAAAAUCUCAUAGUAAAAAACUUUUCAGUAUUCCUGAGGUAGCUGAAGAGGAUGGAGAAAAUUCUGAACAUGUUCAAAAAGAAAGUUUAGGUGUUUCCUGUAAAAUGAAAGCCUUACAGGCCCACAAGGUGUACAACCAAGAUGGCAGACAGCCAUGCUUCUUGGUUCCAACAAAGAGAACUUUCCCGCCUAAGCACAGGUUUUCAGUGUCUUUUCCAGGAGUGGAAGAUCGCUUCUUGGAUGAGAAGGGGAGCAGACUUUUCAGGUCUGCUACAAGGAGUCCAGACAGCGGACUAGAUUGUGGAAGUGAAGAAGAAGAGUGUCGCUUUAGCAGCAGAACUGCGAACAACUGUGUCACUGCUAAGUCUGCAGAAUGUUGUUCAGACACCGACAACUGCUACUCAAGCAGGCGUAGUGCAGCACAGCCUUUCAAUCGUAAGAAAAUCUUAACGAGGCAAGACAGCAUUGAGGAAGAUUUCUGUGAUUUAGUUACUACGGGAGUUAAAUCCCAGUAUAGAGCAGAGAUGAUUAAUCAGGACAUGAAAUGCAAAGAUGAGACACGUGAGGCACAAAUUAUUGAUACAAAAGGGAUUUUCUGUAAUGAAGACAGACAAAUUAAUUGGAAGACCAACCUAAAAAUGAAUGACUCUAGUAGGGCAGCUUACCCAGCUGCUGUGUCAAGCCACAGAGAACAGGAAGACUCUCUGCUUUUAGGUAACUCAUCUGCAUCUGGAAGAGCUGACAGGGUUGAACACUCAGGACGAAGGCUAUCUCAUGGCAGCACAGUAUCUCAGCGACCUCGACCAAUGAUGGUUCCAUCUAUUGAAAUUACAAUGGACAGUAACAGUGAAGGCGGUCGGUCUCAGUCAGGUAGUGAGGGAAAUAUUUCACCGGUAAAAGAGGAAACUUACUAUCGCAGCAUAGGUGGGCACAAGAAAUGGCCUCUUCACCGUACCAUGAUCUCAGGUCGUAGCUAUGAUGGAUAUGGUAGUCGGGAGCGUUUGUCUCCAGAAAUCUAUGAAGAAUCAGAGACUGAUCUGGGUACUGAGGAUUCACAAAUCAGAUUAUUUGUUGCCAUGUUUGACUACGAUCCCAGGACUAUGUCACCUAACCCAGAUGCCGCUGAAGAAGAAUUGCCUUUCAAAGAAGGGCAAGUCAUAAAGGUGUACGGUGAUAAAGAUACUGAUGGCUUCUACCGUGGGGAGACAAUCGGGAGAGUUGGCCUCAUUCCAUGUAAUAUGGUGUCUGAAAUUCAAACAGAUGAUGAAGAAAUGAUGUCACAGCUCCUAACACAAGGCUUCCUUCCCCUAAACACACCCGUCGAGAAAAUAGUCAGCUGUGAUCGUUUCAAAGAGAGCACACGCUCUGUUAACCGCAGGUCCCGAAAGUCUAAAAGAGAAAGGAACAGGCGUAGUGGGAGACGACAUUCAGUGACAACAAGACGAAUGGUGGCUUUGUAUGACUACGAUCCCAGAGAAAGCUCCCCAAAUGUUGAUGUGGAGGCUGAACUAACAUUCUGUGCAGGAGACAUCAUUGUCGUUUAUGGUGAAAUUGAUGAAGACGGAUUCUAUUAUGGAGAGCUAAAUGGGCAUAAAGGACUUGUUCCCUCCAACUUCCUUGAAGAAGUGCCUGACGAUGUUGAGGUCUACCUGUCUGAUGCACCGUCUCGAUAUCCACAGCAAGAUACCCCAGUACAUACUAAGACAAAAAGGGUUCCUCCUGAGAAUGCUGGUACAUCAAAGAGAGCACCAUCUCCCACAGUACACCACCAUGAGGGACCACCUACUGCACCAAUGAAUACUGGCAGUCCUAUGAGGGGCAGAGAAAUGUCCUUAAAAAAGAAAAAAGGACUGUUUUCAAAAGGCAAGAAGCUGUUGAAAAAACUGGGAGCAGUGAAAUGAUUGAUAUGUGUCUGAAUAAUUUGUAACACUUCCGGUAUAUUUAUUCUAAAAGGAAACAAUAUUCCAACUGGGGUUUCAUGACAGAUUAGCCAAAUCACACAGUAUGUCACUGAUGCAUGUUCCUUUGGUGUUUCCUAUAAUGUAUGUGUACCUGAAAACUGUAAUGCUGAUGUACUCUCUGUACUAAUUUAUUUCAACUGUUCUUGGAUGUUACACUGCUAAGGAGCAAAAAAUUACCUUAUAUAUACAUAUAUGCACACUCUUUCUCCUUAUAAAUGUGAUACCAAAUCCUGAGAAUAAGUUGUGAAAAUCAAACUUUCACCCUCUGAAACUUGGCAUAAAAAGUACAAUAUAACAUGUUCCCUGUAUGCAUCUCAAGUAUCUGUAAAAUGAUUUGUCAUGAAACCCCUAGUUGUAAUUGGCAUUGACUUUUUUGCCUUAUAAAUGCACAAUGACUUUGUACUGUCCAGUAAAUAAAGUUAAGUAUACUUUGUAUGUAUGACGUGCAUUCAAGUCAUUAACCCACUGGAAUCUAAUAGUUAAAGAUUGUGCUCAAGUGCUGUGUUACUGCCUCAUCUCAGUGUCCGUAUUGUCCUAUAAAGGGGUCUGUAAAAGUACUGUGCAUGGUAUUUUGCCAAUUUUUUUUUUUUACUUUAUAUUUUAUGCAAAUCAGCUAAAGAAGACAAAAGCACAGCGUCUGCCUCUAUGGAGUUCAGACUCAAAAUGCCCAGUGUUCUAAUAACAAUGUAAACAUGGCUUUCAUCAGUUAAAAUUCUAGUAUCGAACACUGGAAUAUUUUGUUGUAUUGCCCUUAACAUAUAUGCACUCCCCUGGGUAUUUCUUAGCAGCUAAGAACCAGCACAAGCUAUGAUGAAGUUACUGCUCUACUUCUGACAAAAACAGUGGGGUGCAAUAAAUAAUUGGGGCUCUAUACAAACCCUGUUCAAAAGGAAAAGUCUGCAUGUUACCAUGAUUGUAUGUCCAGUUGCUAGCAAACUGUUGCUCUUUUGUAAGUUUUGUCCAUUUGUAAAUUGUUUUUACUCUUUAUACAUAAUUUUCCAAAUUGCCUUUCUUUUGUAAGUUAUAGAAAAUUUAUAAUUAAAGCUUUCCCCAUUGUGUCUUUUAUGUAAAUUCAUGUAAAAUACUGUAGUUAUGUGCUAAGGUUAUGAAGUUCAAAACUUUCACAGCCUAUAUUAUUUGUGGAAAAGUGUUGUGUGGGUGUAUGCAUGUGUACAUUUGUUCUUGUGUAAAAACAAUUUUUAUAUAAAUAAAUGAUUUGAUAUUUUGCAGAAUAA